AUGGAAAACGGUGCUGGCGGAGCGCCCGGCGUCGCUGGGCAGCAGCCGCUGCAGCAGCAGCCGGCGGACGCGCCGCCUGCAGCGUCGAGUGAGAGGACCGACGCGCAGCUGGACCUGGCAGCAGUCACAGUUGCAUCCAGACUGCCGGAGUUUUGGGCUGAUCAGCCGAGACACUGGUUUUUACAAGUUGAAGCUAUAUUAAAUCCUCAGCACCUCAAGGAUCAGGCGAGGUAUGACCUAGUUUUAGGGAAGCUCACAAAAAGUGCGAUAGGGCAGAUCACCGACCUUCUGCUACAGCCACCAGUUACUGGCAAAUAUGAAGCCCUUAAAGAAAAGCUUUUGGCGAUUUAUGAAGAUUCUGCUAAGGCGCAAUUGCAGAAGCUCCUUAGCGAUAUGGAACUGGGUGAGCAGAAACCGUCGCACUUACUCAGGAAGAUGCGAGACCUCGCCAGGGGUAAAGUGCCUGAUCAAACGCUAUGCAUAUUGUGGCAAAACCAUCUACCUCAGGCAGCACGAGCAGCAGUCGCCGUCGCCGACAGCCAGAACUUGGAUAGCCUGGCUGCAAUAGCGGACAAAGUGUUGGAGGCGGUUAGGCCGACUCCACACGUUGCGGAGGUGCAGGCGUCUACUUCGCGGGGCGGAGUGACGCAGUCUCCGGAGAUGACAGCUGUCCUAGCUGCCUUAGAGAGGCUCGAAGGCAGGAUUUGCGGACUGGAGGAGCACACGAGACGGUCGGGCCGUGGCCGGUUCCGACAGAGGGGAAGAUCUGUUUCCAGGAGUGGCAUGCGACAACGUUCUGAAUCGCGCGGAAGGAGCAGCACUAGAAGAACGCCUGAUAGCCCAGAUUGGCUCUGUUCAUACCAUUUUAGAUACAGAGAGAAGGCGCAACGUUGUGUUCCACCGUGUGCGUGGUCCAGAGGUCAGUCUUCGGGAAACGAGUAG